CACAAUUUUCCUGGCUUGUGUAGGUCACACCUAUCAAAUAUCGAGUACUUUGCAUAUCCCUCCAUAAACUAUGGCAGCAACAAAAGACAAGAUAUCCCCAUUCCUCGACCCUGGGCCUUGCACAAAACCCAAUUCUCUCGCAAUCCUUCAACUCUCACGCGACAACCUCCUGCCCGUCUACCUGCAAGUGCCGUCCGGUGAACAUGAUGGCUACGCCGAGGGUGCCGUUGUUAACACACGUUUUGGGUCUUUCCCCCACUCGACUAUGUUGGGUGUCCCAUGGGGCUCUCAAAUCCGUGCCUCCAAGGUUGAUACGGGCUCGAGGGGCCGAAAGAGGAAGCGUGAGAUGACCGAUGACCCAGGGCGUGAGGGGACCGGGGCAAGUGGCAGAGAGCCCGAGGAUUUGGCCGGGGCAGCCAACGGAGAUAGCGUCGUUGCAGUCAAGCAGGCUGUGGCAGACUCGAGCGGCUUCAUCCACAUUCUCCCACCGACGCCGGAACUUUGGACUACAAGCUUGCCGCAUCGCACCCAAGUGGUUUACACCCCUGAUUACAGCUAUAUCCUGCACAGGAUACGUGCCCGGCCGGGCUCGGUACUCAUCGAGGCGGGCGCCGGCAGCGGGAGUUUCACCCAUGCAUCAGUACGAGCUGUCUACAACGGGUACCCAACCGACGGGCAGCCGAAGGGCAAAGUCUUUAGCUUUGAGUUCCACGAGCAGCGGUACCACAAGAUGAAGCAGGAGAUUGCGGAUCAUGGGUUGGAAGGUAUCGUGCAGCUGACGCACAGGGACGUCUACAAUGGGGGCUUCUUGGUGGACGGGAAGAGCCCCGAAGCCGACGCUGUGUUCCUUGACCUACCCGCGCCCUGGGAAGCCCUCCCUCACCUUUCUCGGCGAAAGCCCCAAACCUCGCGAGACACAAGCGACCCUACCACUGAGGCUGGCUGGGUGUCGCCAUUAAACCCCCAGAAGAGCGUCUACAUCUGCACCUUCUCCCCCUGCAUUGAGCAGGUCACCAGGACAGUGUCAGCCAUGCGACGCCUGGGGUGGGUCGACAUUGAUAUGGUUGAAGUUAGCAACAGGAAGCUGCAUGUGUCACGGGAGCGCAUCGGCCUCAACCUGUCGUCUGACCGCGGUGUCAACAACUCACCGCGAGACGUUGAGGAGGCAAUCGCGAGGCUAGCUGAAAUUGAAUCGCGUUUCCGUGAGCACGCGGGGCAACCACGGCGGGCUGAUGACAACAGAGACUCGGAGGAGGAGGAAGACCAGCCCGCAAAAAAGGACGACUUCGGGGCCAAGCGAGAUGUGAAUUUCGCAGAAGACCAGUCAUCAUCUAGCACGCCUCCUUGGAUGGAAGGUCGUCUGAUCACACGAGGCGAGCCCGAGAUCAAGUCGCACACGUCCUACUUGGUCUUUGCUGUUCUCCCUAGAGAGUGGACCGAGGAAGAUGAAGCUGCGGCGGCGGCAAUGUACCCAUGUGGCAUGGAGCAAAAGGUGAUCGGUACUGUAGACAAGGCGGCUAGGAAACAAGAGCGACGGGAACAGUUGCAACAAGUGCAGAAGGGUAACAGGAAAGCAAGGAGAAAGGAGAGAGAUGCAAAGCUGGCUGAGGUGUCUGGGUGAGACAUGUUGGUCGGCUGAGUAGAAGACAUUUGAAAGCCCUUUCCCGGAUGUCCCAUGGUUGAAUAUAGAUCCAAAACCGCCCGAAUACCCGUGUAUCCAAACGGUGUGAAUGGGUUCUUCAGUAUUCCAUUUGGAAGAAUGGCAUUGGCCUUUGGAUUAGCCCUUGGCCACUGAAAUUAGUGAUACGAUGGCCCAGGCCGACUCAGCCCGACACUCGACUGUAUAGAGGAUUGCGCGAACAAGUCGUAGGUGA